AUGGGUCAACGAACCUCACCACAUCUCCCUCCGAGAGAUUCAGUUGCAACAACAAGAAUCUCCAUCGGAACAAGAACAAAAGCCCGAAAAUCCACACCAAAGCCGUCGAAAACAACGACGACAACAACAACAUCACCACCAACAUCUACUCAAAAUGAAUCGUGUCUUGAACCUAUAAAAAUUUGGGAUGUAAUCACAAUUAAACCAAUAUUUGAUCAUUCAUCCUUUCUUGUACAUGAAAUAGAUUAUCUCAUAAUCUCUGAAACUGGAAAACCGGAUGUUGAAGUUGCCAAAAAUGAUUACAAAUUACAAUUACUUAAUCUUAGACUUUUAGAGAAUUGA